AUGGACUUUACUGCUGCUAAUCGAUCUCCAUUAAACACUAGCAAAACUAAAUAAAUGUAUACGUUCUCAAAGGCCAAACGAUGGGUUGAUCCCAAAGACAACGUUUGUCCUCCAAUUUAUCAGCUGCCAACUACAUUGAGCAAGAGAGCAGCUGGGAUCGGCUAUGGAAAGAAGAUGAACAUAACCCAAGAAACCAUUUCGCCUGCUCCCAAUUCCUAUUAGGUUCAGACUGUCAGAGAACAUGGAUGGACCAUGGGAUUGGGUAGAGAUCGAGCCAAUAAAUUUGAGAGCAUUUUCUUGGGAUUAGUUCAAAAGACACCAGGACCUGGAUCAUACAAUUUUAAAGAUCCCUAGUCAGCAGUUCGUUACAGCAUAAGACAACGAUUGCAAAGCAGAAGAAACAAGGACAGAAAACCCGGACCAGGCGAAUAUGAUUUACCAAGCAGCAUAAACAGUCGAGGCAAGUAUGCCCUCAGUUAAUAUCGAGAUUCAGGAGCUGUGAUACUCUCACCUCCCAGAGUCCAUUCGGACAGAAAACUAAGAGAUAGCACUCCAGGACCAGGGUCAUACAAAGAGACUGGUAACAUGGACCCUCUGGGUACUUACUUUUGCUCCAAAUUUGGGGCAAGCAGAUGCAACAAAUUCCCCAGAGCUUAACGCAUACUCUCAGAAAAUAGAGAGGGAUCACCUGGACCAGGACAAUAUAAAUUGCCAUCAGAUUUCGGAUUAUGA